AUGUACACAUAUCAAGUCCACAAGAACACAAUCCACAGCCUUUCCCACAUCAAGUCACAAGAGGCAUUGAUCAACAGUCUUUCCGACAUCAAGUCACAUGGGGCAUUGAUCAACAGUCUUUCCGACAUCAAGUCACACGGGGUAUUGAUCCAUAGCCUUUCCCACAUCAAGUCACACGGGGCAUUGAUCAACAGUCUUUACCACAUCAAGUCACAUGGGGCAUUGAUCAACAGUCUUUCCCACAUCAAGUCACCCGGGACAUUGAUCAACAGUCUUUCCCACAUCAAGUCACACGGGUACACUAGUACUCCUGUCCCAAAGUACGCUAAUACUCCUGUCCCCAAGUACGCUAAUACUCCUGUUGCCAAGUACGGUAAUACUCUUGUCCACAAGUACGCUAAUACUCCUGUCCACAAGUACGCUAAUACUCCUGUCCACAAGUACACUAGUACUCCUGUCCCAAAGUACGCUAAUGCUCCUGUCCCCAAGUACGCUAAUACUCCUGUUGCCAAGUACGGUAAUACUCUUGUCCACAAGUACGCUAAUACUCCUGUCCACAAGAACGCUAAUACUCCUGUCCACAAGUACACUAGUACUCCUGUCCCCAAGUACGCUAAUACUCCUGUCCACAAAUACGCUAGUACUCCUGUCCACAAGAACGCUAAUACUCCUGUCCACAAGUACGCUAGUACUCUUGUCAACAUGUACGCUAGUACUCCUGUACCUAAGUACGCUAGUACUCCUGUCCACAAGUACGCUAGUACUCCUGUCCAGAAGAACGCUAAUACUCCUGUCCACAAGUACGCUAGUACUCCUGUCCACAAGAACGCUAAUACUCCUGUCCACAAAUACGCUAGUACUCAUGUCCACAAGAACGCUAAUACUCCUGUCCACAUGUACACUAGUACUCCUCUCCCCAAGUACGCUAAUACUCCUGUCCACAAAUACGCUAGUACUCCCGUCCACAAGAACGCUAAUACUCCUGUCCACAUGUACACUAGUACUCCUCUCCCCAAGUACGCUAAUACUCCUGUCCACAAAUACGCUAGUACUCCUGUCCACGAGAACGCUAAUACUCCUGUCCACAAGUACGCUAGUACUCUUGUCAACAUGUACGCUAGUACUCCUGUCCCUAAGUACGCUAGUACUCCUGUCCACAAGUACGCUAGUACUCUUGUCAACAUGUACGCUAGUACUCCUGUACCUAAGUACGCUAGUACCCCUGUCCACAAGUACGCUAAUACUCCUGUCCACAAGAACGCUAAUCCUCCUGUCCACAAGUACACUAGUACUCCUGUCCCCAAGUACGCUAAUACUCCUGUCCCCAAGUACGCUAGUACUCCUGUUCCCAUGUACGCUAAUACUCCUGUCCCCUAG